UCGAUUUUCUUUUCCAUUCUGUCACUCACCCUAUUUAUAGUUCCAAGGGAAUCAAAAACCCCGCCCGUUGAAUCCAGGCAAUUUUCUGCUCAGAGGAAGAAAAUCGAUCCACGAAAAUGAGAGCAAGUACAAUGGUGGCGGAAGCAAUUUGGAAAGGAAUUGAGUCAACUCGUUCAGUGACUGAUGAUCAACUGGGAGUAUUGCACUUUUUGUUUGGGAGAAACUUUGAGCGAGCUACAAGGAUUGUGGAUCAACGUGGUGUUAAGAGACUCUAUGGAGUACCCAGUGGUCGAACCAUUUUUCAGGUUGUUGGAGAAUCUCGGAAGAAAGAAGAAUAUUUAUGCUUUGCAGAGAAUUACUGUGGGUGCUACUCAUUUUUUUAUGACAUUGUGAACAGAGGGGAACAACUUUGUUUGCUGAUGAUGUUUAAAACCAGGAUAAAUGGAAAACAACCUCUUUUUGUCAUCUCUAACAAGGGUGAGGUUGCGCAUAUCCCUGACCCCCCAAAACCCCGAUUAGUUGGGAGCCACUUGGAUGUGUACGAGUCCUAGAAAUAACAGUUUGUGAUUGUGUUGUUAGUGUAAGCACCAGUUGGCGGCGAGACUUGCUUCAUGUUUAGGAGUAUGUAUAGAAGUCAAGCUUCCUGAUGAAGAGAUUGCUAUGUUGCUCUCAAAGCUGUGACUGCACUGCUUUUUUAUUCUUCUAUCAGUGAUUUGAGACUGGAGUAGCUGCUUCUUAAGCUAAUUCAGGUGAUCUUGCUAUAAACCUUAAGCAUUAGAUAGUAAUCUUGCUGAACCUUGAGCAUUAGAUAGCUGAUAAGAAUUUCAGAAGUCUUGUCUAGUUUCGAAUAUUUCGGUUUUAUGCAUGAAGAUGAAUCAUUAUCGUAAUUUAUAUCCUUGCUAGUAACAUUUAUAGUUCUUUGAUUGCGAAUGUUAAUAGUGAAAUAGCUUUUAAAUUAUGUGUACCUUUCAUUUUUAUGAAGUUAUAAACGAUUUGGUAUCAACAAUUGACAA